CUCAUCUUUAUUGUAUCUCUAGAGAGAUUGUCCCAAUCGUUUACGUACUCCGGUCCCCAAAUGGCGAACCCAACCGUCGUGUUGGUGCCCGUCUGGGGCGUCGGCCACUUCCUGCCCAUGCUCGAAGUCGGCAAGCGACUGCUCGCACGCAGCGGCCGCCCCAUCACGAUCACGGUGAUCAUCAUGCCGGCGCCGACCGCGAAUGUGGCAUCCGAGAUCGCCGAGCACAUACGCAAGGUGGAAGCCACAGGACUCGGCAUGCGCUUCCUCCACGUCCCCGCCGUCGAGCCCCCGACCGACCACUCGGGCAUCGAGGAGUUCAUCUCCCGCUACGUGCAGCUGUACGCGCCCAACGUCAAGGCGGCCAUUGCCGGCCUGACAUGCCCGGUGGCCGCAGUCGUCGUCGACCUCUUCUGCACGACGCUGUUCGACGCGACCCACGAGCUCGGCGUGCCGGCCUACGUGUACCUGAUCUCCAGCGCCGCGAUGUGCGCGCUCUUGCUGCGCUCCCCGGCGCUCGACGAGGAGGUGGCCGGCGAGUUCGAGGAGAUGGAAAGCGGCGUGGACGUGCCCGGGCUCCCACCGGUGCCACCGUCCUGCCUCCCGACGGGCCUGGAGAACAGGAAGAUCCCGACUUACAAGUGGUUCGUGUACAAUGGUAGGCGCUACAUGGAAGCGAAGGGCAUAAUCAUCAACACCAUAGCCGAACUCGAGCCAAGCGUUGUUGAGGCCAUCGCCGGCUGUCGGUGCACGCUUGGAAUCCGUCCCCCGACUGUGUACACGAUCGGCCCUGUGGUACCUUUCACCCCGCCCGCCGAGCAGGCGCACGAGUGCGUGCGGUGGCUCGACUCGCAGCCUCCGGCCUCCGUGGUGUUCCUCUGCUUCGGUGGCGGAGGAUUCUUCACCGCGCCGCAGGCGCACGAGAUAGCACACGCCCUGGAGCGCAGCGGGCACCGCUUCCUGUGGGUGCUGCGAGGGCUGCCGGAGCCCGGCACGAAGGCGCCCACGGACGGGAACCUCGAGGAGCUGCUACCGGCAGGUUUCUUGGAGAGGACCAAGGAGAGAGGGUUCGUGUGGCCCAAGAGGGCGCCACAGAAGGAAAUACUGUCCCACGCCGCUGUUGGGGGCUUCUUCACGCACUGCGGCUGGAACUCGAUCCUCGAGAGCCUGUGGUUCGGCGUGCCGAUGGUGGGGUGGCCGUACUCCGCCGAGCAGCACUACAAUGCGUUCACGCUGGUGGCUGACAUGGGGGUCGCCGUGGCGAUGAAGGUGGACAGGAAGAGGAACAACUCCGUGGAGGCGGCCGAGCUGGAGCGAGCGGUCAGGACUCUCAUGGACGGUGGCAAGGAGUCGAGGAAGGUUAGGGACAGGGCCAUGGAGAUGAAGGCCGCGUGCCGGAAGGCCGUCGAGGAGGGCGGAUCGUCGUAUGUUUCGCUGCAGAGGCUCUGCGAGGCGCUCGUCGAAGGCGCGGUGCUCCCAAAGAAGUGACGCCGAUAGAGUUCAUUGGCUUUGAUGCAUUCUUUCACGGCAUCGACGAAGGAAUGAUGUAAUCCGUGUGUUCCGUGUUCGGUUAUUUACUCUGUUCAAUCCGGAGCUCCAUGGAGCUCUGCUUUUGAUUGUUUUGCCCUGCAAUUGAAGGGUUUGCGUUGAUGUGUUUA